ACUUACUUAAUGCACACACUGUAUGUAAACUGUAUUGACUUGACUGUCUCCGCUGUAAUAAUGUCGGUUAAACAAAGCUCUUCUGAGACUGCUGAGGCUGUUGAAGGAACGAAGGCUGGAGAUGGGAGCUCAUCGUCUGUCCCCGAGGCUAGACAUGUAGCCAGUACUUUGCCAGAACCAGAGGAGAAUAAACGAAGAGUGAGUACAGACGCUGCAGUAGAGACAGCUCAAGAGGUUAAAGCAGAGGAGAAUGCAGACAUUGCAGAGCUGACACGAGAUAUGUUUCAGAAGAUGACUGCUUAUCUACAGGGUGAUCUGUCAGUGACUGCUGAGGAUUACAAGCUUCUAGAACAGAUGAACCUGGUGACUUCCAAGAAAUAUGCAGACAUGAGAAACAUUGCCUUGCAGAUAGGAGACUCCAUGACAGGGCUACAGAGCAAAUAUCAAAGUCUCCAGCCCUAUCUAGACCAGAUUGAUCAGGUUGAAGAAAGCGUUACCAGUCUGGAACAAGCUGCCCUGAGAUUAGAUGCAUAUUCAAAGCGACUCGAAGCAAAAUUUAAGCAGCUGGAGAAGAGAUGAAAAUGGACUUCAAGGAUACGAAUGGACAAUUGAUAGAGACUUCUGAAGAAAGGUUGAGUAAAUCUUUUGAAUAUAGAUGAAACAUUCUCAUCUUGAAUCAACGAAUCAAAUCUACUUAUGCUAUUGCAUGAGCCAAAGGCACCGACCUCUACACUUUACCAGUGGUGAAUGAUGGUGGAGAAGAGAUGAAAAUCCACUUCAAGGGUACGAAUGGACAAUUGAUAGAGACUUCUGAAGAAAGGUUGAGUAAACCUUUCAGGUAUAGAUGAAGCAUUCUCAUCUUGAAUCAACGAAUCAAAUCUACUUUAGCCAUUGCUUGAGCCAAAUGCACCAACCUCUACAGUUUGCCAGUGGCCAAUGAUGGUGGAUUUGACUUCAGGGGACGACUGGAGGAAUUGUUUAAGACGCAUUUGAGACAAUGGCUUACUGACCAAUGGCACGGAAGGUCUUGUUUUUACAAGGGGAAAGAGUCACUAAGAAGACAUCAGAGUAUUGAUUAUUUAAAUCAUGAUUCCAUAGCUUAUCCGGGGUAAAAUGUUGUGCUGAUAUCGGAACAAUCAAUUUUAUUGAAUGAAUUUACGCUGUUAGGACCACUUUGGUUAUUCUGAUUGGUGGUUAGCGUUAUGCUGCCCUGCACUGGUCGAAAGAUAUUGACCCACGAGCUGAAAAAUGUGCCCGUCGCGGCUUGCCGGCGGGGGCGUUCUUUUUUAAAAUAUUUGUGUGUUUAUUAAAUUUUCAAUCAUAUAAAAAUUACAUAUUUACAAGUCGGGGGGCGUUCUUAGUUAUGAAUCCAUCCUAUUGACUAUUCAACCAUUGAAAACAACUCUAAAUCCAUGACAUACAAAAUUGUGACGAAAGGCUGAUUAUUUACAUCACUGCCCUUUUGAAAUCCCUCUAUCAACUACCAGCAAUUUACCAGCAAUUUUCAGCAUGUCAUUUAAGAGGUGAUAGAAAACAUUGCCCUCCCUUGUUUUAUCAACACAGUCUCACAUAACCCACUUGACAUGUAAUCUAUUUAGUUCAUGAUUGUAUAUCGAUAUGUGUUGGAGACAACACCUUUUAUAGAAUUUAUAUUUUUGUUCACAUUGAAGAGGAAGAGAAAGUGGAGAGCAACUUUGAGCAAAAUCGUCUGUGGGACAUAUCCGCCAUUUUAAAGAAAAUAAAAAAUAACCUUUUGGCAACAGAGAUUAUUACACCAAACAGAUUGUACAAUCAAAAUGUUAUCAAAGAAUCUAUAAAAAAAUUAGGUUGUUUAGUGAGGCACCCAUUGAAGUAAGCGUCAAGACUUGGGUAUGACAUAAUGGGUAAAAAUGAUGCGAUGAAUUGAUAUUAUUGUUAUUGUAAAUAUUACGGCUACUAAUGACAUUAUUGUGAAUUCUCAAAGCAUGUAGAUAUGUGUACUUUGUUAAAGGGGAAGUUCACCCUAAUAUGUAGUUGUUUUUUUUUAAUAAAAAACAGAUCAGUGAAAGUUUGAGCAAAAUCGAAUGAGGAAUGAGAGAGUUAGGAUUUUUGCAAUUGUAUUCUAUUGGACACAAAUGUGAGGUACUCUCCCAUUUUAUCUGUUCAGAAAAGUUCACAAUUGUCCAUUUUCUUAUAUUCUAGAGCUUGCAAGAUAUAUCGCAGUGUUGCCAAUUUGUGUUUGAUUGAUUAAAACUUUAAAAAUUGACAAUUUCCCUAUUUUUUAUCAGAUUGAGCUCAAACUUUCACUGAUCUGUAUCCCCAAUUUUUCUGCUUCUAUUGAAAGCAACUUCAGAUCAGGGUGGACUUUCCAUUUAAGCCAACUGUUAUUAUCCAUGAGGGUUAAUUCAUAUAAUGUUGAUAAGUUUUAUAGAUGUGCAAUUUUAAAUUACUUUCAAAGUUUGAAAGAGAUACAUAGAUGAAUUUUAUCAGAAGAUUCUGAAGAGAUAUUUUUUUGACAACAAAAGUUAUAGGUUGGUCAACUUGGUUAGUUAGCAUGUAUUUGGUGUCAUAAAGAUGAAUGUCUUUUGGUUAAUAGUACCUAAGGGGGAAAAUGCAACUCUUUACAAACUGGUUUGUACAUAGAUUUCUAAGAAUUUAAAGUUUUCUAUGAAGCAAAUUUUGUGACGUUUAGUCAACCAAUAAUUUGAAAAUAUUUGACAGUUGAACCUUUUGGUUGCUUUUAUUGGCUCUCUGGAUGGUCGCUAGUUUGCCACAUGUGCAGUUUUGCACAAAACAAAAAGGGCACGAUUUGCAAAAUUACCCAUUUCCGGUCUUGAUUUAACACCGGUUUGAUUCAUCGUGCACUAAAAACCAUUAUAUAAUUUUGGAGCCUUUGGUAAAUCUAUCCCAUGAUAUAUACAAUGUGGCACAGGGAGAUUAUUUGUGUGGCAUAUUAUUAAAGAGAUUAGUUAAGUGAUGGUAUUUUGAAUAGUUUGAUGAUAUAUUUUGAUCACUCAGAAACAUUCCUUUAUAUGUGUUGUGUAUAUUAAGUAUAACAAAUAUGGAUCUCAAUUAUGGGAAUACAAUAUACUUGUACAUUAUGGAUAGUUGCAUUAAAUAUAUGAUUUAUACACUUAA